AUGGUAAACAAUUCUUCUGCUACUUAUCAAAAAAUAUCCUUGUCUAAUGCAGCAAUAAAUGACACCGUCCUUGGAAAACGUCCCUUAGAAUCCUCUGCCGGGCCAGAGGCGAAACGACAGAAUACCCUUUAUCAUGUUGCCCCAUCCUCAUCUCCAUCCCAAAACUCUCCUUCUUUCGUAGAAUCGAAAGAACACCUCAAUCAUGCUUCCCAUAAAUCUGAUAAUGCUACCCUAAUUGAGUCUGUUAAUUCUUCUUCAUUUCCUUUCUCUCCGUCCACCUCUACUCCCGAUCAGCAAAGACCUUCCGUAAUAACAGGACCUUCUUCCACCGAGACGCCUUCCCCGAAGUGUUCUUCUAUUGACAACGAAAAAAACACCCUCCAUAAUCACACAUCCGAUUCGCGUCCUAAUGUUGACGCACAGUUCAUUCCUUACUCUCCACCGCACUCUCUAUCUCCUUCGUCUGAUCAAUCUCUUAAUCCCGCUUAUUAUGCUCCUUACCGCCAGCCUAACGGUCCCCUUUGGUUAGAAGGCCGAGAGUUUCUACCGAGUCUUGACAUUCAACUAAGACUCGCAGAUGUAUUUUUUAUUUAUGCCCAUGGUCAACCUUAUGUCUUAUUUCACCGUGAUUCUUUUAUUGCGUCUUUGCGCGCUCAGCGUCUUCCCCCCGUUUUAGUGCUUUCUAUGUGCUGUACCGCUAUACGUUUUUGGCAGACCGACGAGUAUGACAAAAAUGCGCUCCUUCAGCAAUGUUUCACUAAAGCUUCUUCUAUCGCCAUGUCCAAUUUUGACAGGCUGGACCUGGUCUAUAUUGCGUGUUUCAUUAUGCUUUCUUAUAUUAGUGUCGCAGAUGACAAGUAUUGGAUGUAUACUGGCAUGGCCAUCCGCAUGUCUGUUGCCCUGCACCCAAACAAAUGUUUUGAUCUUCCUUAUUAUGAUUCGCCAGACAACCCCUUGCCUUCGGAAAUCCGUGGACAAUUAAUACGCCGUCUUUUUUGGGAUUGCUUUAUGCUUGACCGGCUAAAUUCACUAUAUUGCAACUCGCAGUUUUUAAAUUUAGAAGAUAUCCAUGUGCCGCUGCCUAUGCGAGAAAGUCUUUUCAUGUACAAUACUCCCGCUGUGACAGAGACAAUAUACGGAAAACCUGGUACAUCGGACAUGACUGGUGCUGUGAAACUUGCCGAUACCAACUCGUCUCAGGGUUUGAAUCAACAUGCACAAAACAACAUGGGAGUAUUGGCGUACAUGAUCCGAAUGGUAUCAAUUUGGGGAAGAGUCGUGCGUUGUUUGAAGGCUUAUGGCUCUAAUAAACAAACUUAUCCGCGUCCGUUUUGGCAUAUGUCUGGAGCUUUGCAGCCUCUUGACCAAGAAUUAUACGAAUGGGAAAAGAGUCUUCCUCAAAGAUUACGUUACACACGUCAGUCUUUGCUUUCAUACCACAUGAAAGGACAAGGGGGACCGUUUGCAUGUAUGCACCUGAUGUAUCUUCAGGUACACCUGUAUAUUCACCGAUAUGCCGCUUCCGUUUCACCUUUGUUCCAUCGUCGUAUACCAUCGCCCCCACAGUCUUUCGAAAAGCAAUCUGUUCUUUUGGCUACCUUUUGUGCCAAUGCCAUUGCAAGAAUUCUUCAUGAUUGUGUGGAGUUAUCAAUAUCUUUGACAGCCCCCUUUACGGCGUAUUCUGCUUAUAUGGCCGGAACGGUUAUGCUUUUCCAUGUCUCAAAUCCGGACAAUUCGUCUCAAGCAACGAUUGCAACAUCUAAUUUGCCAAAAGUAAAACGUCAUUUGCGGGCAAUUAAGCACUACUGGCCAACAAUUGCAAAAUACUCGAAUGCUUUGGAAAGUUUAUCUAAACUUGUUUCACGAAACCCGAUCACGGCUACCAAGACAGCUCCUUCCGUACCAAGUGCCGCCAAUAAGCAAGAUUGGUAUGCCGUUCCAAGACAAAGACCAGCUUUUAGUGAUGUGCCAAGAAAUAUCCCUAUUAAUCACGUUCCCUUGUCUGCAAACAUUCCUUACACUGCUACUUCUAGUUUCACGAAGGGCAGUACAUUAACAGAUCUUGCUUACGAUACAAAAAUUUCGCGACCAGUGCCUGCUCCAGGGAUGACUUCAAACGGUUCAUCGCAAGGUUUGGCUUUUGAAAAUCGGAUGCCUCCUAUACCCAGUGCAGUGAAGUUGGUUUCACAACCACCACCACCACCACCCCGUCCUGCGCUCUCGUCGUUUUCAGCUUCGAGUGCUGCUACUUCAAUGAUCAAUGAGUAUGCGGAAAAGGUUGGUAUUGAUCCAGAUUUAGUCAGUGUUGUGUCACUGUGCGAUUGGUUUAAGAAUCCAGUAGACGAGCUUGCCUUGAACAAGCCUCUACAACUCGACUCAUCGGAUGAACAAGAAAAGGCUGCAAUAGACAUUAGUCGUCAUAAUACUGCACUUAACCUUUGGAGGUAUGGCAUGUAA